AUGCCGAGCGGCGGGAGGCGGCUGCCGCCGUGGACGUCGCCGCGGAGCGCGGGGGCGGGGGCGCCGAGGUGGAGCCCUGCUGGUACGCCCGCGGCCGCGGGUGGACCGGGCCCGGGCCCGGACCACGGGACGCCGCCCGUGAGCGCGGGCUGCUUCGGCACGCGCGUCACGCCGCCGACGAGCGGGGGCACGCGCGUGACGCCACCGACGAGCGGGGGCGCGCGCGUCACGCCGCCGUCGACCGGGGGAUGCUCGUCGCGGCCACCUAGGCCGCCGCCUUCCCUGGAUUCGCCCUACGUGCGGGCCAAGCAGGCGCAGAUAGUUGAAAAGGACCCAAACAAGGCUGUUCCAUUGUUUUGGGCAGCUAUAAACAGUGGUGACCGGACAGAGAGCGCAUUGAAGGAUAUGGCUAAUGUACUGAAACAAGCAAAUCGGGCUGAAGAAGCCAUUGAGGCAAUAAGAUCCUUUCGUGAUCGGUGUCCCUAUGAAGCUCAGGAGUCCCUUGACAAUAUUCUUCUAGACCUAUACAAGAAAUGUGGUAGGACAGAUGAGCAGAUCGAAAUGCUGACAAUAAAGCUGCGAAUUGUUGAUGAGGAGCUAGCUUCUGGUCGGUGGAAAACAAAACUGUCUAAAUCUCAUGGAAGAGUAGUCUACCUUUCUCUCAGAGAUGAAAAAGCAAGGUUAUUGGGGAACCUUGCUUGGGCCUAUAUGCAGUCCGAAAAUUAUGAGGAAGCAGAGAUGCUCUACAGGCAAGCUCUUGCUAUAGAAGCUGACUACAACAAAGAGUGUAACUUGGCCAUCUGUUUGAUGAAGACUGGAAAGUUGGCUGAAGCUAAAUACCUGAUUCAAGCUAUACCUUACAACUGUGAUGAUGAAAGUCAUGUUAAGUCUCUCUCCCGGGCUACUGAAAUGCUUAGGGAACUUGACUUGCAAUCACUCCCCUCUCCCAUAACUCAGGCGAAGUCCAAAGAAUCACAGAUUUUUGUUGCUGAUAAUGUGGAGAUGCUUGUAGAUCUACAGCCACAAACACUAUCAACUCCUUUGAGUGAACUGAAAUAUAAAGAACCACAUAUUUCAGUUUCACAAAAUGCAGACAAGCAUGAGAAUUGCAAUUCAGGGCUUCCAUCUCCCAUAACUCAGUUGAGACGUGAAGAACCACACACUAUGGUUACUGCUGGUGCAGAAAAGAAUGAGGGAUUUGCAGAGUUUCAAGAUCUUUCUCGACUGUUCAAUGAUGCUGCUACACCUCAUUCAAUACUUGAGAAACUACGAAAGAGGCUAGUUAAAGAGGCACAAAAAACCAGUAUUCAUGAUCAGAUUCAGACUCCUACUCCAACUGAAUGCUUGCCAAACUCUGAAAGAAACCUAGAUGCUAGUGAGACUCCCAUGCAAGAAGGGAAGCUCUUGACCAAAGGUGUUAGAGAAACAUUGGCUGACAUGGUGGAUGAAGAGGAACAACAAUUGGGUGAUGACAAACCAUGGGCUGACAUGGUGGUGAAGGAUGAACAGCAAUUGGGUGAUGGCAAGUCAACACUUGGUGUGGGAACUACUGAACAAAACGGGAGCAGUAAGCAUGCAAGUAAGCUGGAGUACAGAACACCAUUGUCUUGUCAAGAAAGCAGGGCCCAUCAAAGACCAGUCAUGGGUGGUCAACUGCAUGGUUCUUCAGCAGGUUCAUGGAAACAGAAUGACUCCAAAAUCUCCAUGGAUAAGAACGUGAACCGGGAUCUUGUGAGGACUGCUCUGACAUGGAGCAAGCAUAAGGUACAGGACCACAACCAUCGAGUUUGGCAAAGGCUUGACAUAGUUCAUCCCCAUGAGAGAGCCUCAGGCACGAAGCAAGUACCACGGAGAAGCAACACAUCUCAGCGUGCUCUUUUUGCUGACUGGAAAUCAAAGGGUGAAGGAUAUGGCCAUGGUUGUGUUCCGUUUGAUGAUAACGAACACACUCAGUGUUCAAGUCACCUUGAGGCCACUCAUCACUGGCAUAAUAAUGAGGCAAGUACAGGGUCAUGGAGGGCACAGAACCGUCUGCGGGUCUUCCAGGAAAUCACAAAUGAGAUCAACCAAAAUGUUGUGUAA